AUGAGUGUGUUCAAGUCGCUCAACUGUAUCCUCUGCAAGGAACCGUUCGCUCAAUCCGCUGAUCAGCCCCGAACACCACGACUUUUGGGAUGUGGAUUGGUGAUGUGUCACGAAUGCUGCGAGAAGGAGAAGUCGUUGGCGAAAAGGGAGAGAAAACAUCGAUGCAAUAGCGUGUACUGUUUUGAAAACCCAAAGUUUGCACAUUUUUUGAUUGAUGUUUUGUCGCUAGACUCUUUGACCUUCUCGCAGUCGGGUCAUGGAUACCUUCUGCUGAAGCCAUUCAAAAUUCCCGAAUGUCUCAUUUGCCACGAUGAAUAUUCAAGCAACAUUGAAGCAAAGAAGGUAUCACUGAAGAAAUGGUUCACUGCUCCAGUUGUACUUCCGAGGUUGUGUGUGCUUUUACGAAACAUCGUUCACCUGAGGCCAUUUCACUCAUGGAAAAAAGGGCCUAAGUUACUAGGAAACGAAAUGUGCUUCACGAAUGUUUUCAAUUUUGUUGAAUUUCGGAAAAAACACGAACUAUUGACUAAGUCGCUGGCGGCUGUGGAAGUUUUUAUGGAAAAUUAUCAAUCCCAUUUGCUCCAACUUUCUGUCGACAUUAUGGCGUUGAACGAAACUCUUGACAUGGAUCUGAAUAAU